CGCUUUUCUACCGCAAUUUAUAAGUCCCUAUUUUGCAGGCGGUCGCAUUUUUCUUAUAGAACAUUUGGUAGGGGGUAGUUUAGUGUUUUGGUGUGUUUUAUUUAUUUGGGUGAGGGUAUACAAUCUUUGCAAUGGUGUUCGAUAUUAGAAGGUUUGAUAUUUACAGGAAAGUCCCGAAAGAUUUAACGCAACCAACCACUACUGGUGCAGCAAUUUCCGUUGGUUGUUGUUUCUUCAUCUCUUAUCUUCUUAUCUCCGAGUUGUUGGGUUUUCUCACCAUAGAUGUCGCCAGUGAGCUGUACGUGGACGACCCACAAUCUGGGGAUAAAAUUCCUGUUCAAAUUAUUAUUUCAUUGCCAAAAAUGAAAUGUGAAUACUUGGGGAUGGAUAUCCAAGAUUCCAUGGGAAGACAUGAAGUAGGAAUGGUGGACAACAGUGAAAAAGUUCCUACACAUGAUGGCAACGGUUGUCUGUUUACUUCAAGAUUUCAAAUUAACAAGGUGCCGGGCAACUUCCAUGUUUCAACUCAUAGUGCGAGGUCUCAACCAGACAACCCUGACAUGACACAUGAAAUCAAAGAGUUAAGGAUUGGAGAUAAUAUGGUGAUCCCAGGAGUUAAGUCUCAAUCAUUCAACGCUCUUGAAGGCAAAACAACAUUUGAUAAACAUCCUCUAUCAUCACAUGACUAUAUAAUGAAGAUUGUACCAACAGUUUAUGAGAGCAUUGAUGGGAACUUGCGCUAUCUAUACCAAUAUACAAACGCAUAUAAGGAUUAUAUUGCAUAUGGCCAUGGACAGAGGGUAAUGCCAGCAAUUUGGUUUCGAUAUGAAAUGACACCGAUAACAGUAAAAUAUACAGAAAGAAGGAAGCCGUUUUAUCACUUUAUAACCAUGGUGUGUGCAAUCAUAGGGGGAACUUUCACAGUUGCAGGAAUUAUAGAUUCAAUGAUAUUUUCAGCUACAGAGAUGUACAAGAAACUUACAAUUGGAAAACUAUCAUAAAAUAACAGUACAUGUAAAAUUAGAACGUAGUGUAAUAUUCUGUUAGUGUUAUUACUGCUAAGUUGCUAUUUCAUAUUAAUCUUCUUGUUGCAAAAGAAUGUAAAACGUUGCUCCGAUUCUGGUGUAUUUCACUCUAAGAUCUCAUAUCUAUAUUAUUGUUGCAUAAUGGCCAAAUAAUAUAUUACUCAAUAUCUGUAAACAACAUUUUUUAACCCAGAAAGCGCAAUUUAAUCUAUUCCUUUGUUCGCAGUUAAUUCUAUUUCUGUAAAAAUAGUACUUAGGCACAUGUUUUAUGUAAAGAGAUUUUAUUAUUUGAUUGCAAAUUCGACAAAAUGUUGACGAAAUUUUAUGUAUUAUACAUUUUGUAUUCUUUUAAAUAAAUAAGUUACCAGAUA